CUGACCCUCCUUUCUCUCUCCCCGGUCUUUCGUUUCCAGCCCGGUAAACGGAGGAGGACGAGCUUGGAGUUCUUCUUCUUCUUGUUAUUUUUUGUUUGUUAUUGUUUACUCCUGGUUUUGUGGGAGAGCCACCGGGCAUGGAGGAUGUAAAAGACCCGCCGACCGUCCACCGGUCCUCCUCCUUCAGCAUCAAGAGCCUCCUGCUGCCCUCCAAGUGCGACAGAUCCGACUCCGUUGCCGCUGCCGCCUGUAUCCAAGGGACCUUCUCCCCCUCACCGGGUUCCGACUCGGAGAAGUCGCUGGACCCACCAGAGGUGGACUCCACGGCCGCGGCUCUGGACCCGGAGAAACCGGGCAAGCACGAGCACGGGGACGAGGAGGGGGACGGAGGAGGAGAUGGAGAUGGGGACGGCGCCAAGGCGACGCAGGAGCAGAACAGUACCGGUACCAACAGCGGGAAAAACGGGAAAUAUGACAAACCUCCGUUCAGCUACAACGCCCUGAUCAUGAUGGCCAUCAGGCAGAGCCCCGAGAAGCGGCUCACGCUCAACGGUAUUUACGAGUUCAUCAUGAAGAACUUCCCGUACUACCGGGAGCACAAGCAGGGCUGGCAGAACUCCAUCCGCCACAACCUCAGCCUCAAUAAGUGCUUCGUCAAGGUGCCCAGACACUACGACGACCCGGGGAAGGGCAACUACUGGAUGCUGGACCCCAGCAGCGAUGACGUCUUCAUCGGGGGAACCACCGGGAAGCUCCGCCGGCGCUCCGCCACCUCCCGGGGCAAACUGGCGAUGAAGCGCGGGCUGCGCUUCGCUCCUCUCGGGUUGGGGAUUAACGAGCGGGCGAACAACCCGCUGUACUGGCAGAUCUCUCCGUUCCUCUCCCUGCACCAUCACCACCACCAUCACCCGCACUACAACGGAUCCACGCCCGGCUUUUUGAACCAGGCUGCCGGCUACGGGUCACUGCUGCCCGCGGUGGAGCAGCUGAGUAACGGGGACCUGGGGCGCUCCAUCCUCGGCGGUUCGGCGGGGGCGCUGGGCUUGACGAACAGUUACGGGAUGAGCACGUCGCCGGUCGGGCUGCUGUCCGGUCAGACGGCCGGGUAUUUUGUCUCAGGGACACAACACUCUUCAGCGGGGCCGCCGGGAGGAGGAGGAGGACCUCCGCCGCCGCACCUCCAGCAGGGCGCACCGGGGUACGGCGGCCUGGCCUCCAGCAGCUCCCCGCAGUCCCUGCUCUCAGACUCCCUCAGAAACAGCUCCAUACCGGCCUUCUCCCAGGGCAUGUCCGCGGGCUUCCCCGGGAUGCUGUCCCAUCAAAAGAGGGUGACUCCCAACGCUUUCCUAAACUGAACUCCCCCCUCCUCCCCCCUCACCGUCCCCUUUCCGCGGAUGGCACCGGGACGAGGGCGCACAAGAGACGUCACGUUAAAGGGCACAGAGAGAAAGUGGUAAAUAUCAAACACUGAUCCACGGAUGACGUGGAACUGUUUUGGGCCAUAUUCUGCCCCGAUGUGCAACGGGUUUAUUAACAUGAUUUUAUUCGCAUUCUGUUGAAAAAGGGACAAACUUUUGUUACCGCGGGUUGUACAUCUGUAAACUAGACUUGCCAAAGGUAACGCUAUAUGAGUAGGAUAUAUUUCAAACUAUUUAUAUCUUGUACAAAGAUUUUCAGUACUUCAUUUGAGUCUUUUAUUUAUGUUUUGUAUUUAUUGUACAAUGUAUUUAAA